GGUGGUUGCUGUGGUUCUACCAAGAAGCGCACCAUUGUUGGUGGUUGGGCAUGGGCUUGGUGGCUGGUGACCGAUGUGCAGCGCCUUUCGCUGGAGGUGAUGACGCUCAAUCCAAUGUGCGAGAAUGUUGAAACGGCUCAGGGUGUGCCAUUGACCGUAACUGGAGUGGCCCAGUGCAAAAUCAUGAAGAUGAUGAACGUGUAUUAUUUUCACCAUCAGGCUGACGAAUUGUUGGGCACCGCCAGCGAACAGUUUCUGGGCAAGAGCGUUAAGGAGAUAAAGCAAACAAUAUUGCAGACAUUGGAAGGACAUCUGCGUGCUAUACUCGGAACGCUUACAGUCGAAGAGGUCUACAAAGAUCGCGACCAAUUCGCAGCGCUGGUGCGCGAGGUGGCCGCACCUGAUGUCGGCCGCAUGGGCAUUGAAAUACUCUCAUUCACCAUCAAAGAUGUCUACGAUGAGGUGCAAUACUUGGCCUCGUUGGGCAAGGCGCAAACGGCGAGCGUUAAGCGCGAUGCUGAUGCGGGCGUGGCCGAAGCUAAUCGUGACGCCGGCAUACGCGAAGCAGAAUGCGAGAAAAGCGCCAUGGACGUGAAAUACUCCACGGAUACUAAAAUCGAGGACAAUUCCCGUAUGUAUAAGUUGCAGAAGGCUAACUUUGAUCAAGAGAUCAACACAGCGAAGGCUGAAUCGCAAUUGGCCUAUGAACUGCAAGCAGCCAAGAUACGCCAGAGAAUACGUAACGAGGAGAUACAAAUCGAAGUAGUCGAACGACGUAAACAAAUCGAAAUCGAAGCACAGGAAGUGCAACGCAAGGAACGCGAACUGAUGGGUACCGUUAAACUGCCAGCCGAAGCGGAGGCACAUCGUGUGCAAACUAUAGCACAGGGCAAACAAUGCCAAACGAUUGAGGCUGCCCGCGCUGAGGCCGAAAAAAUACGUAAAAUUGGUUCAGCUGAGGCUCACGCCAUCGAAUUGGUGGGCAAAGCGGAGGCUGAGCGCAUGCGGAUGAAGGCACAUGUCUAUAAACAAUAUGGCGAUGCAGCCAUUAUGAACAUUGUACUCGAGUCACUGCCUAAGAUCGCAGCCGAAGUGGCUGCACCACUCGCCAAGACCGAUGAGAUCGUACUCAUUGGCGGCAAUGAUAAUCUAACAAACGAUGUAACACGCCUAGUAGCACAAUUACCGCCGUCAAUAAAUGCACUCACCGGCGUCGAUCUAUCGAAAGUGUUGUCGAAGAUACCCGGAGCCAAGGCGUGAAAUUCAAUGCAACACUCCAGCAUGCAAACACCACAAGAUGCCAGAUCGAUGAUGUUGAUGACGUAAAUAUGAACCGUAUAUGGAUUGAUGAUGAUGGAAAAUGCAAAUUUAAAAAA